AUGGCCGACGCUGCGGGCGGCUGGGAUGCGCUGAUCGAAGGGACAGAGAGCGGUGCGUUGGCUGCCUUGCUGACAACAGAGCCACCACACCCCGGCGAAUCGCCAUUACAGCGCCCGUGGCGCCUGGACGAAACGGACGUGAGCGAAUUUGGCGGCUUUGCGCUGGACGAUGAUGUCGACAUUGUCGCGUGCGAGCACUGCUCGAAACCAGUGCUGCGCGAAGCGUAUACGUUCCAUAUCCAAAAUUGUGAGAUGGCGCGCGCUAUUGCAAACGGAAGUCUGUCGCCGAGCAUUCUGCGCAGUACCAAGCUAGGCACAGAAUCGCUCAGCGCCGCGCCCAGCGCCAAAGACAAGGUGCCCAAGACAGAGGAGACGCCAGAGAUGGACAUGCGCCGACGCAAAGGCUUUGGCGGAAAAAAGAACCGCGGCCCGAUCAAUUUGGACCGGCAGUGCGGCGUGAUUAACAACAAGGGCCUUCCGUGCUCGCGCUCGCUCACCUGCAAAUCACACAGCAUGGGCGCAAAGCGCAAUGUCCCGGGCCGGUCUCAGCCAUACGACACGCUUCUAUUUGAGUGGCAGAAGGCGACGAACCCGGCCUUUGUCGCGCGACUCGAAGAAAAAGAGCGCGCAAUCGCAGCAGCCAGAGCCGCGAGCCAGUCCAAGGAUAAGAAACGCAAAGUGUCUGCUAACGAUCGCGGCGGACGUGCCGAAGGAGCAGAAGGCAGCGUAGAGCACCGCAGCGCGCUGGUCGAAUCGAUGACAAACAUGUACCAUACGAAUGCGACGUACCAGGAAGUGGACGCGGAUCUCUUCUCCACACUGCAAACAAUCUACCUCUCCGCCACGCGCGAUCGUACCACGAUCCUGCCGCUGGCCACGCGCAGAUUUGCAGGGCAGUACACAGAGCGUGCAAAACGGUUCCGAGUCUUGCGCCAGUUUCUUGCGCAAGGCCUGGCGGGCACGGCGCACGUCCGUGCGAGGAUGGAAAACAAGACCUAG